UCAAGCAUAAUGUCUAGCGAAUCGGGUGAAAUAAAGCAGUUGUAUUUUUACAGGAAUUACGAUCUCAGUUAUCAUGGUCAGACUCAAUAUAAAGGCAAAGUUUAGCCUGAUAUGUUGUCUAAGUGCUGUGUCAUUCUAUUUGAUUUUUGUAUACAAAGAUGUCAGUGUAUGCGUUUGUGAAAAAUGUCGCAAAGCAGACGGUGGCAGUCGAUUCUAUAACCAUGAUGCUGUUGCUCACAUUUCUCCUGAUGCUAGGAGUAGACAGGGUAUUGGUGGGCCUGUGUCGUAUCUGGAAAGUGGUGAAAUUGACACAAGUGACCGCCCUGAAACUCUUCAUUUCAAUGGCACUGACACUAACACUAACCACUCUACGAAAUUUAUACUGCUGGUAACCUAUGGUCGUUCAGGAUCUUCAUGGCUUGGGAACAUAACUGGUCAAGCAGAAAACACAUUUUACGUGUUCGAACCUUUUCAGAGGACUUUACCACAGGGAUACUUUAAAGAAAAUUUCGUUUGCUUUAAUAAUAACACGUGCAGGAAUCCACAGGACAAAAUAGAGAGAUACACAACAAUUCUUGCCACAGUCUACCAACUAUUUACCUGCCAGUCGUCGAAACUUCAUCCAUUUCUACAAGACAUAUUUAUAAGGAAUUUGAGAAGCAGACAGCACGUGGAAACUUUGAGAAAAUGUUUGAAUAUAUCAUCUGUUGAAACCUGUUUACCGGAAAUCGACUUUCUUUGCUCUUUAACAUCUCAUCGAAUACUGAAAACAAUCAGAAUUUCAAUGGAACUUGUACGUAUUAUGAUGAAAAUGUGGCAAAAUUUGAAAGUUAUACACUUAGUUCGAGAUCCCCGAGCUAUAACACAUUCACGACUUCAACUCAAUGCAUUUUCCAUGUCAAGAAAUAUACUGUCACAUUCACAAGAUCUUUGUACACGAAUGAAAUAUGACAGCUUGAUUUCUCUUCAACUUCAAAAACUUUAUCCCAAUCGACUGAAAGUUGUGUCUUACGAAGCCUUAGCAGAAAGACCAAUAGUUGGUGCAAAAUAUGUAUACAAAUUUCUAAAUAUGUCUUUCAAUGAAAACGUGUUUCACUCAAUUAUUCACAGUAUAAGUACAAAGAAAACACGAAACUCUGAAUAUCCUUAUUUGACUGUCCGUUAUAACUCUUCUGCCGUGGCAAAACAGUGGCGACUGAAUAUGUCACUUCUCCAAGUACAAGUCAUAGACUAUUUCUGUAAGGAUAUGUACUCUGUUUUAGGAUACAUUGCCAUAAAUUCUACAGAUGAACUGAGAUCACUUUCAACUCCCUUAAGACGAAGUAUUGACAUUGACGGGUUUCUUUAGCUCCAGUUAGGUCUUUCUUUAAUCUGCUGCAUUUCUAGUGCAGUCUUGUAAGUAUGUUUUACUAACAUAUCUGGCCGUGACAUAUGAAAUUAGCCCCAAUUUUAAGAAAAAAAUUAAGUUAAAAACUUAGUUAAGUCUGUUAUUUUAAAAUCGCGCUAUUGCUUAAGUUAUUGUUAAUUAAUGUUGAUUUUUAUAUAACAAUGUAUUUAUAACUAAAUUAUACUAUGGUUAGUAGUAUUUGCCUGCAGUUCUUAUUUCAGUUAAGCAAAUAUGAUAUUUCUAUUUAAGCACGACAUCACAAACUUAAGUAUUUGCUUAAGAUUAUUUCUUUUUUUUUCACUUCGUUUCCUGUAAAAUUCAGAAUGUUGUGUUUUGAUCUAUGAAAUAAUCAUAGAUGGUGCUAAUAUAGAUGAAAAUGUCAAAAUUGAAGACACAUAAAGUGCAAAAAAAAACAGACUUAGCUCAGCAAUUACUUAAGUGUUUUCGAGAAAUAGGGGCCUGGUCUGAACAAAAAAUAUAAGAAAUGUUACAUUUUGAAAUUUUACGUACUCUAAAUAGGAUGUUUUAAGUGUGAGCAAAAUGUUCAAAAGCAAAGGUUAUAAUGAUCAUUUGUAGUAACGACUCACGUGUGAUAGAAAUGUGUUUAUCUUGUAUAUCAUGUAAGAUAUACACAACUGCGAUGCAGGAUGUCAAUUAAAUAUCAAAAACUGUUUAUAUUAUAAAACAUUCUUUUAGCGGUCAGUUUUGAAUGACCAAGAUUAGUUUAAAAAUGAUUUUUGUACGAUUAUUAGAGUUUUAUAAUUUCUUAAAAGUACUGCGACAGCUUCAAAUUAUGUUCUACUUAAGUAAUAAUGUAUCUCAUUUAGAUGCAAAGGACUUAUAUCAUGAGGGCGCAGCUGAACGACAAACCAUGAUUUUAUUCAAGAGCAAAUUACUAAAUGAGAUAUAUUAUUUCGAUUCUAACAUAUUAGCAGGGAUUGUUGUCUACAUCUUGAAAUAAAAAUAGCACAUUCAUUUGUAAUCGAAACGGUGUUUUUUCAGUUUAAAGUAAAGUGUGUUUAAAAGACGGUUUCUACAAAAUACUUACGGUGGCUAUAGAAUAGCACACAAACGUGUUAGUCGCGUAGUAAAAAUGGAUACAAAAUCGAAGACAGCUGAUUUCUUAGAUAAAAUAUCAAAAGGCUUUUGAUUUCAGAUUAAACAAAUUUAAAAUCUGGUGUCACUUUAAUUAAGAUCAAGGCAAAGAAUACUGGGUUUUUGUAUUUGGUGUUUAAUCUGUUUUCGUUGUGUUACUCUAAAUUUGUUAAUGCAUUUUGUGCAACUGUAUUUGUCUUGUGUAUUUGUACUAACAAAUAUAUGUAGGCCGGCCAUUAUAAUUACCGGGCUUAAAUAUAAUCAAA